UAUAAAGACCUUGUCGUGCGUGGCCGCGUUAAAAAGAAGUUGGCACCCAAAGUAGAAGCAAUUCCACGAAGUAUUCGAGUCGUAUUGAGUAUCGAAGUCAUGGCAUCCAAAGUACUUACGAUAUUUAUAAUAGUCAGCAUGGUCGGUUUGAUCCUGUCGGAAAUUUCAGCUGACAAUGAGACAAUAUCGGAACGAAAAUGCGUACCAGGAAAAGAAUACCAUAACGGCUGCAAUGGCUGCUACUGUGGACCCAAUGGCAAUAACAUCAUCUGCACAAAGAAGCUGUGCAUACUGCAUGAUCCAAAUACGAAUCAGGACAUACAAGCGCCAGAGAUUCCGGCACCUGAUGAUUUCUGGCAAAAAUGAAUGUAACUGCACUCGAAUUUGCUCGCAUUUAAUUGUGUGAAUUAAUAUGUAGUUAUAAAACGAUCCGUUGUAAAAUGAUCAAUUAAUAUCAUAAUAUUCUUUAUGUUACAAAACGAAGUAUCAGUGUUUUUAAACCAGUCAGCUUUAUAUUUAAAAUUUGUUUAACAUGAUCUGAAAUACGCAUUAUAAUGUACAAUUUAAAGAAAUUAAAUCAUUAAAUGAUGUUUCGAUUAAAUAAAUAAUAAAAACGUUCAACAGAUGAUGUAUUUAAGAACGUAGAAAUUAUAAAUUAACCGAAAAUACAAAUCUUUAAAAUAUAAAUUUAUAAAAUAAAUUUGACAAAAUGUAUUUAUAUUAUAUAUUUGUAUUAUUUUUAAACACAAUAUAAUUCUUACUGUUUAACUAUGAAUAAAAUGCAAUACUUUAUAAGUAAAAUGUAUACUUUAUAAGAAUGUUAACUUGCUCACAAAAUGUAAAAAUUUAUGUAAACUUUAUUGCGAUGCCUAAAUAAAAAUAAUGGAAAAUCUGAUA